AUUGCAGAGCUUGGACGACAGAAUUGUGCAAAUAUCGACACGCCCGACACCAAUUGGCAGCCCAACGUGUGGGAGGAAAACUUCCAAGACCAGCGCUCACUCGCCCUCGUGCGCCUGCUCCCAGGAGAAGCCAAAAGGGCAGCACCCAGAGGCACCUCUCCUCCAGCCCGCGCCGUCGUCGUCGCGAUGGCUGCCCAAGCCCUCGCACGUGUUACUCUCGAAGAAGACGAGCUCGCAAACGCGUCGGGGCUGCGCGCGGCCUUGCUAAAAACGUCGGAAUGCGUCGUCGAGACGGACACGCCAAUUUACUCGGUGGUGCACGUUGCUGUCACGCCAUACCGGACCGUAAGGCUCGUGGCGCACGGAACCUGCGAGAACGGGCUUGUAUUGGAGUUGCGGAACACCUCGUAUCCGCCGCUUCUCCUAGCGAAGAUCCUCGCGGCGGCGGACGCGGCCGCAGCGGCCGAAGCUGCCAACGGCGGCGGUCGGGCGGCGCGCGUCGCGGCUGGAGUGACUGCCGCACGCGCGUGGCUCGCCAGCAACCUCUUCGCGCCCGCGUGGCGCGAGCUGCGCAGAUGCGCGAAGCUCUGCGAGGAGCGCGGCGGCGGCAUGCGCCGGGCGGAUGCGGUCUCCGGCGUAGCAACGUUCGUCGUGGCUGCGGCAGGCCACCGCACCUCGUUCGAGGCGCGGGUCCCGGCCGAGUACCCGGCGCGUCCGGCCGUGCUCACGCUCAAGUCCACGACGCUCCCGCAGCCGCUCGUCGACGCGUGUCAUAAACGAUGCACCGAGCUCGCGCGGAAAUUGUCGGUCGGCGAGAAGCUCAAUGCAGCCGAAAUGCAAGCAGAAAUGCAAAGCCCUGGUGCGUCGACGCGACGAAAGAACGAGCCGCGCGUCUCGAACACGGCGAAGCACUUCCAGUCGCUCCGCCGGGACACGAAACAAUUGAAGCAGAUCGCGGACCUUCGUGCUGAGGGCUCAAAGACUGCGCGGCAAGACCUCAAGUCGUUUGCACGCUUCGCUAGCGAGCGAGACCAACGGGCCGAGGCAGAAACGUCGUCGACGGCCUCGCCGGGCGCGGGGACGCCGCGCCCAUCGCUGCUCGCCGCCGUCGAAUAUCUGGUUGAGUUUGCGACGAGUCUACCCGGUGCGAUGUGUGGUGUCUGCGGCAAAGCGGCUCUCGGCGGUAAACUCCCGACGCGCGCGCUCUGCGGUUGCUGGUUCCACCACCAAUGUCUCAAGCGCCGGUUUGAAGCGCCGCCGUUUAAAAUUGAAUGCGAGCCGUGCGGUCGGAGAGUCUGGCACGAAUCCUGGCCGAACCUGGAGAAGCUUGAAGCCGCGUACUACGCCAAGCAGCAUCGGACGGCAGACGCGGAUCUUUGCGCCGACCUGUUUCUCAAUCCGGUGGUUAGAAGGGCUGAGUAA